AUGGCUUCUCGCAGAUCAGGUCGUGCCAAGCCCCCUGCAUCAGCAUACACCAAUGAUCCGUUUGCUUCCAUCCUGAGCGAUGAUGAAUCCACCAAGAAAACCAAAGCAAAAGGGCGCAAGAGAAAAAAUGAUGAUCCCGCAUUCGGCGAAUCUACAGCUCGUUCAACUCCGGGGCCAUCUACUAAUUCCUCUACCGAAAAGCUAAAAGAAAGUAAGGGUGAGGAGGGAUCACCAUCACCAUCCAAGAAGAACAGACACCUUGUAUGGAAGGCACGCAAGGACGGUAUGAUCGAGCUUGCAGACACCGACGAGCAUAUCCGCGGUAUCAUUGACCCCAAGGACCAUGUAUCUAAAUGGAUGCAUUACAUUUUGACAUAUGGCUCUGAUGUGCGAGACAUGUCCGCCGUGGUUCACCAGCGAGGCAGAUGGCGCUGGGCUAGAGAUGCCACAUUCCCGACGCGUAAAACCUUGAACAUGACCGAAGGUGAUUCUGAUAUGCUACUUGGUCCAACAUUCGGCGUUGAUCUGGCCGAUGUCGAGAGGGAGCAAACGUCUGGAUGGGACUGGUAUGAUCAAGAUGUUGGUGCAAAGCUUCGUAAUACCCAGCACAUCGAUACAGAUAUCAACCCACUGGAUGCUCGAAAACACUAUUUGCCGCGUCCAAAAAAGGGGAAGCAUACUUUAAUCACGGGUCCUGUCCACGACCAAAAGGCUACCACGCUUGGUCACCAUGAGUAUUUCGACUUCGGUGAAACGUGGGAGAAGAAUUCAAAGGGUUCGUCGGCUACGACCAGACUGCGUGAAGGUUGGAUGAUCAACAUUGGACACAGAAUGUCUUGUAUCGCAUGGAUGCCGCAUCAAAAUGGACUUGACCAGUACUUGGCAGUGACUGCGCCAAUUACAGAUCAGCAGAAGGCAGAAUAUCACAAUUCGAAGAUCGAUCCACCCACGGCCUUUUCCCCUCAACCUUCUUACCCAACGGCUAUUCAGAUUUGGAAAUUCCAAAGCAAGGAGACUGGUUUUCAAACUCACGAUCUCGACAUUAAAUCCAACCCGGAACUCCGGCUGGUUGUGUGUACUGACUGGGGCGACUUACGGCACAUGGCUUGGUGCCCAAACGAUCGAGCAGAGCGAGACGUAGAUUCUAACAGCGAUACAAAGGGUCUUGGAUUAUUGGCAGGAAUUUGGGGUGACGGGAAGUUGCGAGUCUUGGACAUCAAGAUAAAGACAAAUCAGAACCGGAAAAAAGCAACAGAGUUUGUCAAAAUAACUUCACCUGUCUUUGAAGGAGAAAUAUCUUCGACUGUCUGCACAUGUUUGACUUGGGUUUCGCCAAGUGACAUUGCUGUGGGCUGUGCCAACGGCUACGUUGCUGUAUGGAGCAUCAUCCCUUCAACUCCGCGCGCGUCUCGGCCUUGGUUUUACUAUCAGAUUCAUGCCACCUAUGUGCUUGAAAUCACUUCUGCCUAUCCCGCCUACCCUCACCUUGUUUCAACAGCUGGUAUGGAUGGUGAGACUCGGCUUUGGUCAAUGAUCGACACCCAGGCUGAAAGCACUGCUUCGGUUCGCAUGCGAUCGGUAUCUGCUGUUCUCUCCUACUCUCCCAUUCUCCAGGCUGUCUGCUCCAGCGAUGAUCUAGAAUAUGGCCGCCUGAUGCCAAUUCGUCGGUUUUUCGCAACCAAUGGAACGGCCAAAUGCCCCAGUACAAUCACAUGUAUCGCACCAUGCAACGUUUGGCAUCCAACAAUAUUGUAUGGUGGAACCGGAGGAGAGGUCUCAGUCACGAAUCCUUUUCGUCGAAACAUCUACAAUAAGGAGCAAACAUGGCAACAGCUAUGGUUCUCACACGACUGGGCUCAGGGCUCCGACCCAGACAGUACAGGCAACAGUCGGUUUUAUGAGGGAUAUGCAGCAGAAACUGGAAGUGCUGCACGAGACCGACUUAACGAUUCUAGGCCCACUGGUGUGACCCUGACAACCGUCUAUGAUGAGGGAACCCAUAUUACUGCCCUGGGGUGGAACCCCAACCGUCAUUGUGCAGCCUGGGCUUCUGCUGCUCUAGGGUGUGGGCUCCUCAGAGUCGAAGAUCUUUCCAUUAAGGAUACAUAG